UGGAGGCAAGCCCCCUAGACCCUUUUUAGCAGUUAUUCCCGCCUACUCCCUUCCGCUUCCGAGUCAGGGAGGUGUGUCCGAACGAAAGGAGGAAACAAGAGCCGCCGGCGUUCAGACGCCGGCCACGAUUCCUUAGUUACGGCCUUAUAGUUUCCGUGGUUUUUUCUCACCCGUGAGUCGCCGCUUUGGGAAAUCAAUUAAUCUCAGGCUUUGCUGUUCCCACAUCUGCUUCCUGAUCGGAUGCUUGCACUUCCAGAGAUUAAAAAAUAACUGCAGAGAAGAAAAGAAGGGGCUGUAGUAGAAUCAAGCAGUCAUUCCCUGAGAGGCCUCCUGGGGAAGGAGAAUUUCCUGGCUUUUUUAAGUCAGCUGCCAAAAUUGGUUGCUUCGCUCCUAUUCCUAGAGCUUCGGUUGUUCUUUCACGUCCCAAUUCCUCAAGAGCACUGGGCGACAGAGUUAUGGAGAAACGCCUGCAGGAGGCUCAGCUUUACAAGGAGAAAGGGAACCAGUGUUACCGUGAAGGGAAGUACCGGGAUGCUGUAAGUGGGUACCAUCGAGCUCUGCUGCAGCUGCGGGGUCUGGAUCCAAGUCUGCCCUCCCCGAUACCUAAUCUGGGACCUCAGGGCCCGGCCCUCACACCUGAACAAGAAAACCUACUGCACACCACCCAGACAGAUUGCUACAACAACUUGGCUGCCUGUCUCCUUCAGAUGGAACCAGUAAACUAUGAACGAGUGAAAGAAUACAGCCAGAAGGUCCUGGAGCGGCAGCCUGAUAAUGCCAAGGCCUUGUAUCGGGCUGGAGUGGCCUUUUUCCACCUGCAGGACUAUGACCAGGCCCGGCACUACCUCAUGGCUGCUGUCAAUAGGAAGCCAAAAGACGCCAAUGUCCGGAGGUACCUUCAGCGGACACAGUUGGAACUUAGCAGCUACCAUCGGAAAGAGAAGCAGCUCUACCUGGGCAUGUUUGGUUAAAAGAAGAAAGAUACCCCUCCACUUGAACUUAGAUGAACCGUUAGAGACCCAUCAAAGGGAAACCUGAGCCUCAGCAAGAGAAAUUAACCCCAUACCUCUGACUGAGGUGAACUUCUGUUUUGUUUCUAGUACUGCACAGACUCUUCUAUCACUUAUAUAGUCUGUGUUUUUGUUUCCCCAUCUUUCUAUUUAUAUGGCUUUUAAUAUAUGGUAUUAUAUAUCAGAAACAUUUGCCUCGAGAAACACAACCAGAAAACACUCAUCAGUUAUAGGUGGAUUAAUCAUAGCUCUGGCAUAGAUUUUGAUGAUAGAUGUUGGUAGGUGUAGUCAUAUACAAAGGAGAAGGCUUAGCAGAAGAUGAAGUAAUAAGGACAGGCAGAAAGGAGUUUUUUUCUUUCAUUUCCUUAGAUUCCUAAAGCCAAAAUGGGAAGCCCUUGCACAGGUCACAAACUGGCAAAUACAUACUGUGAAACUAGACAAUAAUAAGUUGGACCCACAUGCCUCAUAAAUGAAAGAUUUAAAAGUAACUACUUGAUUAAUUCCUUUUUCUUAAUGUUCCACAUACAUUGAGAUUCUUUAUCCGCCACAAAAAUAUCUAGUUCCUCGUUUCUCUUGAUAAUUUCUAGCUAUUGUAGCCUUGCUAUUGUUCACACUCAGAUCAUUAAUACAGUAUACUUAUUUUUUUUUAUUAAACCCUUCUAUCUUAAAACCCCUGGAGUCAAGCAUCUAACUAUAUAUUUUAUAACCUUUCAAAAGACCUCAUGCCAAAAGACUUGUGAACACUUGAAUUUUUAAUAGUUGCAUACCUAUAAGAUGCUCAUUUCUCUAAGAAAGGAAAGGGUUUACCAAGUCUUCUAGAAAGAAUACGAGGAAAGAGCAGGAUAGAAACGUAGAUCUGUUUUUUACCUGUCACCUUGUAUUUUGUAAGAACUCCAUUCCUUAAAGAGGAGGGAAACAGCGAGGAAAGGUUCUCUUUCCUUUGCGCCUUUUAAGCUCCGACAGAACUUUCUGGAAGCUUUGUUGGGCACAGGUGCAGGCUGCAGAUCUGGUACAGCCAGGGCUCAGUAGGAGGCUUCCUCAACCGGGAUCGCCUUUGUCAUCCUGCACACCUAUUCUAAUGUCCACAAUGUGUGAGUUGUACAGAGUAGAUGAGACCAUAAUAGCUCUGCCUCUGUGUUUAUGAAUGAGAGGAAUAAGUACAUGUCAUUAGCCAUCAUCGAAACAGUUUACGGACAAAAACUUCUUGGUCUUGCCGAGUGUAAAGAGCUCUUCUCUCUUAAUCAGUAAUGUGUCUCUCGAUGAACUAGGCUCCUCUUUCUAUCUCCCUGUACUCUUAAAUAGUCCAACCAUCCGCUUAUAACAAAAAGUCUUUAUACCAAAUAGUCUAAGUCCAAGGACACAACUAACAAAAGAGGAAUAUUUUAUUCCUCUUCCAAGCUUCUUAAAUUUCUAAGCCUAGACUGUUGCCAAAUUAUGUCAUGGUUGUGUGUUAUCUUUGUUUGGGGCUGGUUUUGCUUUCUGAUUUUCUUUUUUUUUCCCCCCCUAAGAAUUGAUGUUACAGUAAGCUAUGUUCUGUAUCAAUGAGGAAAAAAUAAAGCUGUUAUUUAAAAAUGUA